CUCACCAUAAGUGAUUUGGCACCAAAAACACAAACGAAACACAGCACUAAUGUCAUCAGCAACCCCCUCCCCCGUCCCCAGCUCCGCCCACGGGCAUCACAAACGGCAUUCCAUCCUGCCCGCCGUCUCCCAAUCCGGCCCAAAGCCCCCCGUACAAUUCUCCUCGUCCUGCACCAUCGCCGACAGCGCCCUGCUCACGGGCCCGCACACCAUUAUCGUCAGCACCGAGAGCGUGAUCCACCCGCGCGCGCGGCUCGAGUCGCUAGGCGGUCGCGUCACGGUUGGACGGCGCUGCAUCGUGCACGAGCGAGCUUGCUUGGGGGCGGCUGACCUCCAGGGGAGGUACCACAAGGGGAGUCCGGAUAAGGAGGGCCGCUCGAUGGGCGCGGUAACGCUGGGGGACUACGUGACAGUCGAGGUAGGCGCGCAGGUUGAGAGCGGCGGGACGGUGAUCGGGGAGGGCACAACGGUGGGCAUUGGGACGAGGGUUGGGGCCGGGGCUGUUGUUGGGAAGCAUUGCACCCUAACCGCCAACAGCACCGUUGCAGCAGGUGAGGUUAUUCCAGACUACACGGUGAUUUACUCAAACGGCCUACGGAGAAUCGACAAGAGAGGAGUGUCGGAUCUGAAGAACAAAGCACAAGCGCGCCAAAUCGAUGUUCUUAGGCGAAUGAUACCCAGCAACCCCGGAAAGUUCCAAUAA